AUGUACGGAACAAAUUACUAUCAACAUGAUGAUCCCAUGGCUACAUAUCAGCAAAUGCUACAGCGGGGCGGCUCACGCUCCAUCUCUCGACGCUUUGAUGAAUACUACCGUUGUUAUCCAGUAACUAUGUUCCGUGGUCCUGAACGUGAUGAUUUAGAAUAUGGAGGGAAAAUCUUGAUGCCACCCUCAGCUCUUGAGAAACUUACGCGAUUACAUAUUACUUAUCCAAUGCUUUUUGAACUUAUAAAUGGCCAAUUAGGGAAAACUACACACUGUGGAGUGUUAGAAUUCACGGCAGAGGAGGGAAAGCUAUACUUACCCCACUGGAUGAUGCAGACACUCCUUCUCGAUACCGGAGACCUAAUACAAAUCAAGUCUACCGACCUUCCAUCUGCCGCACUUGUCAAACUUCAACCGCAAUCCACAAACUUCCUUGACAUAUCUGACCCCAAAGCAGUUCUAGAAAAAGCGUUUCGGAAUUUUGCAACGCUCACCAAAGGUGAUAUAUUCUGUUUCAAAUAUAACGACACGAUUUAUUCGGUUGGAGUGCUGGAAGUGAAGCCCGAAACUGAUAAGAUGGGUGUGAGCAUGCUCGAGACAGACGUAUCAGUUGACUUUGCUCCUCCUAUUGGCUAUGUCGAGCCACAACCUAUGCGUAACCCUGGGGGAUUAACACCACCAGGGUUUUCGGCGGCAGGUAUAUUAGGACAGUGUGGAACUAUGGCAAAAACCAUAAACUAUAGCCCUAAUGAACCCUCAGAUAACCUGUCGACUCAGGAAUUGAACUCCAACUUCCGCCUUGGGGGGCAUAAAUUAAAUGGGAAAAAAGUAACGAAUAAUUCUACCAAGUCCACAUCUGCUCCUAACACUGCUAUUACCACCAAAUCAAAUUUUUUUGGGGUUCGAAAUUAA